CUCUCCAAAUCAGUCACCCUUUUCAAUGACUAUUCUCUCUCUCUCUCUCUCUCUCUCUCUCUCUCUCACACACACACCCCCCCAGAGUGAGUGAAGAUCACUGAACUGCAGCAAGACACAAGUCUUUUUCUAGUUUCCCGCCAAAAGCUUACCACCCUUCUUGAUCAAACCCGGAGUUGCUGGUGUCACUUUGUCACCUUCUUCCAACUCCUCGAAGUGCAAGCUAUAGCUUCUCUUUUUGUCUCUAUAGUUGUCACUAGCUACUUAUAUAAUCCCUCCAACGCUGGAGAUCCAGUUAAGCUUAGUAUAAAGUAGCUUCCUUCAGUUUUUUUCCUCCAAGAAACCAAUAAGAAUCUUCAUCCUUGAUCACCCAAAUAAAUUAAGCUAGCUAGACCCUACCUGAGCUGGUCAGUACAUGGUUUUGCCGCUAUGUCUUGACCCACUUCUUAAUUGAAUACAAAAACCAACCCUUGGUACCACCCACCAUGCAUCUUCUAUUCCCCAAUGAAUUACAACCCAUGUUUACCUCCAACGCCACCAUGUCCGUUCAACCAAAAGUCAAAUUUACUGAACAUGUAUUCAUCACUAGUAAGCUCAUCGAGAACCAGCAGCUGCAUCCUUCUUCAAGAACCCGCCAAAGACUUGUUAGAAUCAUCCAUACCGACCCUGAUGCCACUGAUUCCUCCAGCGAUGAAGAAGAGGAAGAACAAGAGAGGAAGUAUGUCAAGAGAGUGAAGAGACAAGUGAGUGAAAUAAGCUUGUUAGAGCAAGAAACAACAGCACCAGCAGCUCCUUCUUCCACAACUUCAAAUGAUGAUCAGGAACCAAGAAGAAAGAGACCUUCUUCAAGAUUACCGUUACCUGAUGUAUCUCGUCAGAAAAAGUUCAGGGGUGUCCGUCAGAGACCCUGGGGAAAGUGGUCCGCCGAGAUCCGUGACCCGACUCGACGGAAACGGGUCUGGCUCGGCACUUUUGACACUGCAGAGGAAGCUGCUACAGUAUAUGAUCGAGCUGCACUGAAACUAAAAGGACCCGACGCCGUUACCAACUUUCCUACGAACUCCGUUAUAACGGAGAAAGCUCACGUUAACUCCGGUUCAAGUGAUGUGAAGUGUGAAUCACGGGAGUCGCCGUCUAUCAGGGGUACUGCUAACGUUAUGGCAUCACCCGCAUUAGUCCUCCGUUACGUAGAUUUGACACCGUCUGACGCUGUUUUAACGGAGAAGGCUAAGGUUGUUGACGGUCAGCGCGAGUCAUGUGAGUCGCCGUUAAGUGGUGUUCACGAUAUGUCAUCACCGACGUCUGUUCUCCCAUACGAAGAGUUAUCGCCGUUUGAUAGUUUGGGUUACGGUGACGUUGACGCUUUUGGGUUCGAAAUUGACGUGCCGUUAAGUUUGCCAAAUUCUAUGUUGUCGGGGAAUUUCUUUGACAAGGAAGAAUUCGUUGACCUCGAUGAUUUCUUGGUGGAUGCCAUCUGUUAAAAACAUAUCCUCAAUUUUGUGGAAGUUUGGGGAGUCUUUUGUAAUUUGACACAACCCUAUCGGGAUGUGGCAUACCAUGAUUCGUGAUUAAAGGCGCCAAGUGGAUAGAAAGGGCGCCUGAUAUAGAGCUGGAAUACCUAAAGUGUCCCUUUAUUUUUUAUGUCAAGUUUUUGGUUUGAUUAGUCAAACUACGGAGUUUAAGUAUAUAGUGGAGUAUUAAUUAGUCCAUAUUUAGUGAAUUAUAUGGCGAUUUUGUCACUUCCUGUUGUUAUUAAGGAUUUUUGUGUACUCAAUAUUAAUAAUUUAUAUUAUUAUUAUUUGAUUAA